AUGGACCAACUUAUGGGUAGCAAUAUCAUACAAGAGGAAAAUAGUAACGAACCGUUAUCGCUCGAUCAAGAAUAUGAUUUAUGGAAAUCAAACGUACCAUUGAUGUACGAUUUUGUUAGUGAAACAAAAUUAACAUGGCCAUCUUUAACAAUCCAAUGGUUACCAGAUAAUGAAUCUACUUCACCUGAAAAGCAGGAGUUGCUUUUAGGGACCCAUACCUCUGGUGAAGAAGAUAACUAUUUGAAAAUUGCAUCAAUAGAAUUACCAAAAGAGAUUGCAUUGAGUUCAGUAGAGGACGAUGAAGAUGACAAAUCUUCUUUAGAGGCCGUGAAAUCAAAUAUUAAAAUAACUAAAAAAUUCAAACAUGAUUUAGAAAUUACCAGAGCCCGUUAUAUGCCACAGCAAAGUAAUAUUAUUGCUACGAUUAAUGGUGAAGGUAACCUUUUCAUUUAUGACACUAACCAAUCAUCAAAACAAACACCUACAAAGUUAUCAUAUCAUAAAGAAAAUGGGUAUGGUCUUUCAUUUAAUCCUAACGAUAAGGGUAAACUUUUGAGUGGUUCUGAUGAUCAUUCAAUAGCAUUAUGGGAUGUUUCUAAGUCUACAGAUCCGGUAUUAACUUGGGAUAAUGCACAUAGUGAUAUUGUAAAUGAUUGUAAAUGGCAUAAUUUCGAGCCAACUAUCUUUGGUAGCGUAUCAGAAGAUAAUACUUUACAAAUCCAAGAUUUGAGAAUAAUUGAAGGUUCAGGUAAUGACAACAACGAUUCGAUUGUUAUGAAAUUAGAAGCCCCACAACCAUUUAACACUAUUGCAUUUUCUAAACAUUCUUCAAAUCUAUUCGCUGCUGCGGGCACAGACUCUAAUAUAUAUCUUUACGAUAUGAGAGAUACUUCAAAGCCAUUGCAUACUAUGUGUGCACACACUGAGGCUGUUACGAGUUUAGAAUUCUACGGUCAACAGGAUGGUAUCAUUGUUUCUGCUGGAGCAGAUAGAAGAGUUAUCGUAUGGGAUAUAAUGGAAAUUGGUAGUGAACAAGUCCGUGAUGAUGCUGAAGAUGCUAUGCCAGAGGUAUUGAUGAUGCACGCUGGUCAUAAGAGUGCCAUUAAUGAUAUAUCAAUCAAUGAGAAUAUCCCAUGGUUGAUGGCAUCUGCGGAAGAAGAAAAUACUGUCCAAAUUUGGAAGUGUUCCAGCAAACUACAAAGGGUUGGUGGUAUAAUAGAACCAGAUCUUGAUAUGCUACAGUAA